AUGGCUGUCACACAGGGAAUAGAUGCGCAUACAAUUAAUCAACAGCAUAGAAUAGUAAUUAGAAACUUUAGCUCAUUUGUAUCCCUCAUCUUUACAUUCUUUGCAUGCUAUACUUUUAGUGAGCAUGACUUCAAAGAGGACCUCUUUUUUAGGUUCAUUGUAUUGCUCCCUUCCUUUUCAUACCUGAUACUACAGUAUCUUAUUUUCUUUCAUACCACAUGGAAAGGGUAUUGCAAGACAGAAAGCACACUACGUAACAUACUCCACUCUACCCUUAUUGUUCUUCUUCUAGCAUUUGUUAUCAUUAAUAUCUUUUCGAGUAUUACAUUUGUUACCGAUAAAUGGAAUUCUGAAGAUCUGUUCUUCUACUCCAUUAUCCUCCCCUCUUUCUUUAUACCGCCUACUUAUCUACUAUCCACUUCCUGCGAUUUCAUCACAACUUCAUUCACAGCCACUGGCAUCAACAUCCUCGUCGACCUAAUGAUACUAUUGUCUUACCUAACAUUUCUGCUGUUGCUGCUUUUCUUAGAAAAAGCUGAGUAUCGUCCUUACUUUAUACUUGCUUCUUUUGUCCUUAUCUUAGUAAAAUCACUGAAAGAAAUAUACCUCCCUUCCAGGGAAAGUUCCUCGCCUGCUGCAUCCUGGAGAGUAAUCAUCUUUGCUCUCGUAUUCACUCUUGCUGUAAUUACCCAUUCAUUGAGCGCAUAUGUUUCCAUAAGCACCCUUGCUCGCUAUUUCCGUCUUUCAGCAACAGGAGAAGUACUUUCAAUAUCAUAA